CUACGAAUAACCCUUGCAUGAAUGGAGGCGGGUGUAUCUAUGGGAUCCAGAAUGGUCCACCUGAAGCAGCCGUUCCCGUAUGCUCUUGCUCUUCACCUUGGACAGGAGAUACGUGUGAAAUAUCCUGUACUAUUGACCCGUGCAAUGGUAACGGUGCAUGUAACGUUCAAAAUGGUGUGAUUAGUUGCACGUGCUUCGCCGGCUUCCUUGGAUCUUUCUGCAAUAUCGAUGACCCAUGUUUGCCCGAACCUUGUAUGAAUGCCUGUAUCUGCAUUGUAACCAGUUCUUUCACAGCCUUCUGUUCCACCACAAAUCCCUACGUCACGGGCCAAUUUUGUGAAACCGUUCACCCAUGCAUUGAUGCACAGCUAUGUCAGAAUGAUGGAACGUGUAAUCAAAUAGGAGCGACACAGGCAUAUCAAUGUACUUGUCAUUUCGGAAUCAUCGGGAGGAAUUGUGAAUAUGAUGACCCGUGUGUGCCAGUAAACCCUUGCCAAAAUGCAGGGACCUGUAAUCCUUCGUUUGACAACAGCGGGUCAACUUUUACCUGUACGUGUGCACUGGGCCAGUUUUGGACAGGAACCCUCUGCAGUACGCCGUCUGGAUGUACAAAUAUCCGGUGUGAGAAUAACGGCAAUUGUAUUACCAAUCCUGGUACUGGGGGGUUCGAAUCUUGUGUCUGCACUUCUGGUUAUUAUGGAGUAUUUUGUGGUUAUGCAUACCCAUGUACCAAUGGCCCGUGCAAUGGACGAGGUAGUUGUGCUAAUAUUGGGACAGUUGCUCCCUUCUCCUACCAGUGUACUUGCUCUUCUCCGUACAUUGGAAUCACAUGCGCAUAUGAGGAUCCUUGUCACAUGACUAACAAUCCAUGUAGGAACGGUGGAACGUGUUCAUACAUGUUUCCUGUAGCCGGCACGGUCAAUGCUCCCACUGUGCAGUGCACCUGUCUAGCAAACAUGUACUAUGGAGCCAAUUGCGAGUCUGCUUUUCCAUGUACCAGUAAUCCCUGUCAAUUUGGAGGUGCUUGCACCAACUUGAACCGUGCAACUCCAUCCCGUGUGUGA